AUGUCUAGUGGAUUGCUUCUGUUCUGGUUGAUCUCCUCUUUUCAUCUUAUCUCUGUGUCAACUUCAUCAAAAGAUACCAGUUUUGUCUUCAACGGCUUUGGACAAGCAAAUCUUUCUCUUGAUGGGUCUGCUACAUUGCUUCCCAAUGGAUUAUUGCAGCUUGCCAAAGAUUCACAACAUCAAAUGGGCCAUGCUUUCAUCAAGAAGCCAAUUGGGUUUAGCUCUUCUACACUACUCUCAUUCACAACACAUUUUGUGUGUGCUCUGGUGCCUAAGCCUGGAUUUGAAGGCGGCCACGGCAUUACCUUUUUGAUAUCUCCGUCUGUGGAUUUCACACAGGCGCAACCAACUCGGUACUUGGGGAUUUUCAACGCCUCAACUAAUGGAUUUACCUCUUCUCACCUAUUUGCUGUUGAGCUCGACACUGUACGAAAUUUAGAUUUCCAUGAGACGAACAAUAAUCACGUUGGGAUUGAUGUGAACAGUCCCAUUUCAGUCGAAUCAGCACCAGCUUCUUACUUUUCCAUAACAGAACAGAAGAAUGUGAGCAUAAACCUCUCCUGCGGAGAUCCUAUACAGGUCUGGGUUGAUUACGAAGGAACUGUACUCAAUGUUUCUGUGGCUCCUCUUGAAGCUGGGAAGCCAAGUCGGCCUCUUUUGUCACGACCGUCAAUCUCUCAGAAGUGUUGCCAAGUAGAAGAUUGUUUAUUGGGUUCUCUGCAGCGACAGGGACAUCACACAAGCAGGGAAUUAUUGCAGCUACUUGACAUCUCAAAGCUUCCUCGGAUGCCUCAGCCUAGAGCUGAGCAUAAGAAACCAUCUGCUCUGAUUAUCGCUCCGCUGGUUGCACUUGCUAUCAUAGUAGUGGCUGUUCUUGCAGGAGGUUUUUACCACAUGAAGAAGAAGAAGUAUGCGGUAGUAAGAGAACCAUGGGAAAAGGAAUUUGGUACACGCCGCUUCUCGUACAAAUCCUUAUACAUAGCAACAAAAGGGUUUCGCAAGGAUGGAUUUCUUGGAAGAGGAGGUUUUGGAGUAGUGUACAGAGGAGAUCUCCCUCAGAACAAACCUAUAGCUGUGAAGAGAGUGUCUCAUGAUGGUGAGCAAGGGAUGAAGCAAUUCGUGGCUGAAGUCGUGAGCAUGAGGAGUCUGAAACACAGGAAUCUAGUUCCACUUCUCAGGUAUUGCAGAAGAAAAGGUGAGCUUUUACUGGUGUCCGAGUACAUGCCUAACGGUAGUCUUGACCAGCACUUGUUUGAUGACCGAAGUCCAGUUCUUUCUUGGUCCCAAAGACUUGUGAUUCUCAAGGGUAUAGCCUCGGCUCUCUUUUAUCUCCAUACGGGAGUUGAACAAGUUGUUCUGCACCGAGAUAUUAAAGCUUCCAAUGUUAUGUUAGAUGCUGAGUUAAACGGUAGGUUAGGAGAUUUUGGUAUGGCUAGGUUUCAUGACCAUGGAGGCAAUGCAGCUACAACAGCAGCGGUUGGGACUGUAGGGUACAUGGCACCUGAGCUAAUAACAAUGGGAGCUUCCACUGUAACCGAUGUUUAUGCUUUUGGUGUUUUCAUGCUUGAAGUAGCCUGUGGGAGGAAACCCGUAGAACCCAGGAUGAUGCAAGCUGAGAAACGAUAUCUGAUCAAAUGGGUUUGUGAAUGCUGGAAGAAAGGUUCUUUGCUUGAAGCUAAAGAUCCAAGACUAGGAGGAGAAUUCUUACCCGAGGAAGUCGAGUUGGUAAUGAAACUCGGAUUGCUAUGUACAAACAUUGUUCCAGAAUCCAGACCAACAAUGGAACAAGUGGUUCUUUACUUAAAUGAGAACCUACCAUUGCCUGAUUUCUCGCCAUAUACACUUGGAAUCGGCUCAUUUACUCCGGUAGUGGUGGAUGCAGUCUCCCUUACAGUAUCAUGCACUUCAAGAAACUGGUCAGCUCCUUCGGUAUCUUCUUCCUCAGGCAACAACUCAAAGGAUGAUGAACAACCAUUGGAUAUCUCUUAA